AUGGCAACGAGCCGAAGUAGCAGCGAAUCACGCAAUCAAACCAGUGGAAGCCGUAGCCAUGUCCGGCAACUAAGUGGACGUAGUAAGAGUCCUAAUCGCCGACAUGAGAGUAGGAGAAAAAGCCGCUCCCGCAGCCGUAGCUCAAGCAGCGAGAAGAGCGUUUAUAAAAAACAAAAAAAACACUCAAAAAAACGCCACACAAAGCUCAAGAAGGAAGAGAAACAGAAGAAAAAGGCUGUUGACGAUAUAGUGUCAGCAAUUCCUUUUAAAGUGGAAGAAGGGGGAACGCUGGAGGAAUUUUUGGUGGAGACGACACCAGUUGAUGCAAAGAGUUUCUUUGAACAGCUUCAGAAGCAGGAGGCAGCGAAAAAACCGGUGGGCACCGUGCACUCUCGUGGUCUUCCCACGCCAAUAUCGGCUACGACGAUCUCAACAUCGGACAAGUGGGAGUGUAGUAAGGCUGGCUGUGGUCACAUGAAUUUUAAACACGCCCCGGCCUGUAAUAAGUGCAAGGCGAUGAAACGAAUGACCGAAUGGAGAUAA